CUCACUGUACUUUCCACUUUAUGCAUCUGAUGAAGUGAGCUGUAGCUGACGAAAGCUUAUGCUCAAAUAAAUUGGUUAGUCUCUAAGGUGCCACAAGUACUCCUUUUCUUUUUAUCCAAACCGUUCACUGGUCAUUGGAAUUCAUGGGGCAAUAGCACAAACCAGGAGUUUAAAACUUACCGACAAAAAAAAUCCCAUCCUUUCCAAGUUGCUCAACUUUGGUUUAUCAAAAUUUUGUGAUGUUGCCAUUUCACCAGUUCUCGAUCAUGCUGGAGACUUUCAGGCUAAACAGAACCUGAUUUAUUAAUAUAAAAAGCAAGCAAGGUUAAAAAAAGAAAAAACAGAACAAAACCCUCCCAUUUCAAGCUCUUUUUACUCCAUUAUGGAAAAAGUAAAAAAGGCAUAAACUCAGUAUCAUUUUCUUUUGCAAGUUAUCCUCAGGGACACAAUUGUGUAAAUUCUGCCCUUGCUACCACUGCCCCACAUUUCAUUCUGCCUAUUUUGUUUAGUGACUGUAAUUUAAAGGAGCUGUAUGGGUGUCACUCAGGACAGAAUUCAGGCCAGAUCCUGCUAUUUUUACUGUGGAGAAGAAAUAUCCAAUGCAAGGAAUAAAAACAAAUAAACCCUAAAGCAGUUGUGAAUGGUCUGGAAUUUAGACAAUAAAGAAUUCUGUCUAGAGAUGGCUUAGCUCAGUGUCAGGCUUUGGAUACUGGUAAAAGGUGUUAGAGCAAGCUCAUACAGGAGCAACAAAGUGAUCAAAGAGCUUCAUGUUUAUUAAGUUCUUAUGUAGAAAACAAAACAGUCACUGGAAUUAGUUCUGUUACAUAUUAUGAAGAAACAGCUAUUACUGGUAUUUAUUCAUAAACAACAACAGAAAUUAGCUGUUCACAAGGCAUAGAAUGAAUACAGUACCUGCCUAGAAGAGCUUACAACCUGGAAGUCAAAAGGAAGAAAACAAUGACUGCACUGAGAAACCCAGAGCAAGGGUUAACUACUAACUUGAGAGUGGAGUCACACCAGCAUUCAGUUUGACCCUGUAACUUACAAACCAUAUGACAGUGAAGACUACUACAUAUACAUACACAGAAUUCAGAGCUAAAGUAGAGAUAACAGGUUUGGUUUAUUACUAGAAAAGCAGCACAGAUAGAGCUAACAAUACCAUUCUCAGAACUAAGAAAAACAUUUUUUUUUAGAAUCUACAGAGAGAUGAUGUAAACACAAUUCAGCUUUAAUAUCUGUGAGCAACACAAAAGCUUGUUUAGCCUGUAUUUUCUUCGCCGUUGAAGAGCAUUGUAUUGUAUAUGUACUUUGUAUUCGAAACUGCUAAUUGUAAAACCUACAGAUACACAGAGCUAGAGGGGAAGAUCAAAAACUGAACCAAAGCAAAACUAUGUAUAUUAUCUCACUGAAAAACCUCUUAACUCAAUUCUUAAUGUAGUAUAAUAUUAAAAUGAACACUAGCUCUUUAAGAGGAUGUCCAAACAUUAUGUCUCCAGUUACUAGUUAUCCUAACAGUGAGUGGUUAAGUGGGCUGUCAUUCUGAAUGACAUCACUGAAUAACAUCCAUUCCUAAUCCAGUGAUCCACCUGCUUCGGGUGAGAUUGUGAUAGGCAGCAAAAUAAGGUAGUUUCAGAAAGCUUCCCUCUAUUUGCACAAGUAGUUGGCUGAAACAAUGCAGUCCUUGGACUCAGAGAAAGGCUUAAUCAAGUUCAGCCAUUGUAAGAAGGACAUAUUUUGUUCCUACGUGCCCAAGCUGUGCCCUGUUUGUGGGCAGAGUCUAAACUACAGGAGACUGGAAGAUGCACCUGUCAGCAUUCCCAGCCCAUUUGUCAACGGGCAUAGGCAGAAAUGUUCAUUUUUACUUAAACCUACUACAGGAACAUUUCUUAGAGAGUAUGAUGGAAGCUCUGAUCUCCAUGUCGGAAUAACCAAUACUAAUGGAUUGGUGUAUAAUUACAAUGAAACAGGCAUUCAUAGAGUUGAACUUGGGUGGGAGCAAUGCAUUAGUAUCCCACUAAUGCAGCCAGACAUGUACGGACUGCUUGAACAAUGGGAUAAGUACCUAGAAGAAUUCUCUACUGGAGAGGCCUGGUUUUUUCAGAGGUACGAUGAACACCACCACAAUUGUUAUACCUAUGCACUGGCAUUUAUUAACUGUGUCUUGGCUGCACAAGGUAAGCAGCCAAUGAGUAAAAGUGAAUUCACAGAAAGAUUUGUGAUACCACAGACAAGGAAAGCUUCCAAGUACAUCACUGUCUACCAGGAGGUAGCAGAAAAUUAUUUCUACAUUGGUGACACCCUUGAUCAAGAAAAGAACAAUUCUGAAGAGGACACAUUGUUACAUUAAAACAGGCAUUCAAAGCAAUGAAAACAGAUCCAUAAAUAGGAAAUCUUUGGGUCCAAGCUUCAGUUCUCCCUCUAUAUACCUGACAUGCCUUCCUGCAAUAUUUGAAAACUAACUGAUUGUAGAGACUGACUGUAGAACUCGGAUAUGUCUGAGAAAAGGAUCAUCCCUUUCAUAUCUCUCUUACGAGACGUUAACAUGACACAAGAAGGAAAAGACUUGUAUGAGAGUGUUUUGGGAGCUUUAAAAUUUUGCACUCUGCAACUAGCUAACUUUCAUGAGCACUAUCGCUAUGGGAAAUUAUAUAUGUUCCUGUUUGCUAUAUCAUACUAAAAGUUGUAUGAGUGCAGUCAUGUUUUGUAGUAGACUAUGUAAGUGUUGUAAAUUAAAACAACAAAUGUAGAUUACCUUUUGACCAAGGUCAGAAAAACAGUUUGUGACAAAAACAAAUGGUGACACUUAUUCACUAUUCUCCACUAAAACACUGCUUGAAUUAAGAAAGCACUGCAAUUACUGGUCAUAUAUACUAUUUUCCUCAUAUGCAAUAUGCAGAUACUCAAAUGCCUGAGAUAAGGUACAAAGUGAGUAAGUUUUAACUUUACCAAUAAGUGGCAGUGUUCAUUCAGUUUCUUGUAAACAUAAAGUACUAUCAUAAAUGCUACGUUGUACCUCCAUAUUUUUACUACCAUUGCAAAAAUAAAUAACUGGAGUAAAACUAUACUCCUCUCUCUCGAGAGGGGCUAUUUUCCAGUGAAGUAUCUGGAAGUAUUCAGUACUCUACCAGAAACAUUUUAUACUAGCCAACAGAUUUUGCAGGCUGUUGUGUCCAUAACUAGCACUGGACUCGUCAGAAUGUUCCCCAACAAGAAAUUAAAGGAUUUGAAAAGACUGAACAGCAGUUUUACAGAUUGUUUCUGCAGUCAUGCACUGACCUAUUAUGGCCAACUUUUGCUAGUUUUCACUGUUCUAAACCCUAAAUAACUUCACUAGAGUUAAUCCAGAUAGACAUCAAUGUAACAGAGCAGAGUUCAGCCCUAUUUCUCCUCGUAGUUUUUGCAAAACCUCAGCCAGAGCUAGUAUGAAUCCAGGUUCUAUUUUCUCCAGAAUUCUAAUAAAUGGUUCUUAAUUUUGUCCCACCUCUAAUUUAUACCUUUGUAUAAAUGGUAGAAUAAGUAUAAAAAACAACAACAUUCUUUAACUUCUUACACCACACAGUUCCAUUUAUUUCUUAAUGUCAUAAAUGCCUUCUGCCAUUGUUUACUAUAUUUUAAAAUUGAAUUUAACAUCAAGCACUCCAAAAAUGAAAAAUAAGAACACUGCAAGAGAAGUUCUCAUUAGGGUGAAAUUCACCCCUGUUCACAGGGUAAGCACAAACCCCCUCUGUACUACUUAAUCCAUAUUUUGAGAAUUCAAAUGGAACUUAAAUAGUGCUGGGCCUUGAGAUGUGUUUCUGCUCAAGGGUGAAUUUCUGAUUGGCUCAGAACAAGGACCUUCUGUGCUUUUACCAAUCGGAAUACACUUUGUGAAUGAAAAUAUAUGGCAAGUUUUGGUCUCCCUGGUUAUGCACUUCUAAAGGAAAUAAUUUGGUGCAAUAGCAUUGAAAAUAUUAAGUAUGGUCU